UGCUGAGUUUAGGCCGGAGGGAUGGGGAGUGAGGGGAAGGGGAAAUGGGUUGAGGCGGCCCAGUGCGGGGCCGUGGAGCGGACGGCCACUGGCACUGAGAAUGUCGGGCGCGGACCGAACAGGAAACGGAUCUUGGAUGAGGAAACGUACAUCGGGAAUUUGGAGGAAAUUAUCCAACGAGACUUUUUUCCUGAUGUGGAAAAGUUACGUGCUCAGAGAGAGUAUUUGGAGGCUGAAGAGAAUGGCGACAUGGAAAAGAUGCGUGAAAUAACGAUAAAAUAUGGUUCAUCACUGCGCAAACCAAACUCCGGGACUCCUGCAGCUUAUGUCACGCCUGCUACUUUUGAAACUCCAGAGGUUGUUGCAGGAUCUCCAUCAUCACGGAAUAAAGCCUGUCAAGACGGAAUGCCAAGAGCUGAUGAAGGAGAGAAGGACAGGAAGAAGGAAGAGAAAGAGCUUCCGACCCUGGAUACUUUCCUGGGCAGAAGCACGAGUGAGGACAAUGCCUCCUUCAAUCAGAUCAUCGAGAUUGCUGAAGAGAGGAACAGAAUCAAACAUGUGUGGCUGUAUGAUGCUGAGGAAAAAUCAAAGCAGCACCAUGAAGAAAUGCUGGCACUGCCAUCAUCCAAGUUCCAUGCCAUCACAGCUGGAAAAGCAGGCGUGGAGACCUGGGAGUAUAAAGCCAAGAAUGAUCUGAUGUAUUACCCGGAAGGAGUGAAGGAUGAUGAGCUCUUCAAGAAACCUCGUGAGGUAGUUCACAAAAAUACCCGUUUCCAAGGUGAUCCAUUUAGUCGAGCCCUGAGCAAGUCCCAGCUACAGCAAGCAGCCGCUCUCAAUGCACAGUUUAAACAGGGCAAAGUAGGGCCUGAUGGGAAGGAGCUUAUCCCGCAGGAUUCGCCCAAAGUCAAUGGCUAUGGUUUUGUACGGACUCCUUCACCGGCGCCAGGUGUGAAUGACUCCCCAAUGAUGACGUGGGGUGAGAUUGAAGGCACUCCAUUCCGUCUGGAGAGCUCAGAAAGUCCUCCUGUGGACAGGACGCCAGGACCAGCAUUUAAGAUUCUCGAACCAGGCCGCAGAGAGAGGCUAGGCCUAAAAAUGGUCAAUGAGGUCGCUGCCAAGAACAGAACCAAGAAGCAGGAAGCUUUGCGAAAGGCCACACAGAGUCUGGCCAGUCUUUCUCCGCAUGGAAUCAGCCCUGUGAUGUCACCAGCCUUGCAGCGUCUUGUCAAUCGGACCUCCAGCAAGUACACGGACAGAGCUUUACGUGCUAGUUACACCCCAUCACCGGCUCCCAAACAAACACCACGUUGCAAAAUACCAUGUGUUGGUAUAACACCUAAUGCCCUUGGUGUCUUGCACACCCCGAGCAGCCAGGACCCCACCUCCAUCACUGAUAACCUACUGCAGCUGCCUAAAAGGAAGAAAGUUGCUGAGCAUGUUCCUCCACAACCCAGCACCUCACUGACCCUUCAACUCACAAGAGCUGAUUAUGAUGAGUUUGGAAAUCUGAAAUAUGUCGCAAAGAUAAGAGGAAUGUUUGAGAAGUAAAGACUAUUUCAUGUGUAUUCACAUUCAUACUGAGUUACAAAUACAAUUUCCCCACCAAAGGACGCUUUCUGAUUCAACAAACUUGGUCGUUGUGCAACUCACAGUUCCUGUUGAUUUCAACUCUGUCUUUGCCAGCUCGUCCAUAAUUUGUGAGCUUGUAACCUCUCUGACACUGAGUAAUGAUGUCUGAGGAAUAAAUAAUUUGUGUAUCCCACGGUGAGGUUUGCAGUGCAUGGCUGUUCAACUACAUGCUUCAGAUGAUCCAGCGCCACCACUGCUUCAGCUUCUUGGUGUCUGCAGUAUAACUGCAGUUAGGACUCUGGAAACUAUUUCCAUGAUUUAUUAACAUCAGUGUUCACUUGUCUCCUGUGAACUCCAAACAAACUUGCUCAACCCAUCACUGUCAGCCUUGAACUUGGAGGUGACAGCAGCUGAGCUCUUUUCAAAUUGAAGCUGUGUAUUCCAUCGAGUGGUUUUGGUUUGAAAAAAUGGGCAAAUUGGACAUUACUUUCUUGAAAAUCCCAACUUACCCUGGGCCAUCUGUGCAGAUCAUCAUCCAGAACAUGUGCAACAUCUGUCAGAGCUCCCUCCCCUUCUCCUUCUGCAUCCUCCCCUCCCCUUUGGCUCCUUGCUUACCUCCAUCGGCCUCCCUUCCUCUCUUCAGUCACUCUUUCCUUCUCCUCCCCUCCUGCCACCUCUCCACUCUCCUGUCCUCUCCUUAGUCAAUCCUCCCCUCUCCUCUUCUGCCACCCCUCCCCU